GCCCCUCCGCGCUGCCGUACAAACUCAGCCUCGCCUCCAACAUGGCCGCCCAGGCCCCAGCCUCUGGGGCCCAGCAAGGCCGCCGCUGCUUCCUGCUGCUGGAGGCAGGGAGCUGCUAGGGCAGGGAGGCUCCCCUCACACGUCCCCGCCCCCACGCCGGCCCGCAGGGGAGGGAGCAGCGGAGCUGACGGGGGCUCCAUGAGGGACCGGGGCAGCCCCAGGCCGGACCUGCCCAGCCGGCUGACUCCUCCCUUGGGAACGGGGGGGCAGUGGUGCCGCCUUCCCUCGCCUCAUAACUCCAGAGCGCCGGGAGCCUGCAGCCCUGGGCCGGGGGGCUCGAGGGCUCGGACCCCGCCUGGCUCGGGCAGGACUGGGGGGCUCACCCCGCUGUUUGCCUCACCCGGGGAGCAGCCUCCUGCGAGGACUGCCGGGGGGCAGCCGCAAUGUUUUCGCUCAAGCCAGCGAGACCCACCUUCAAGUCCUACCUUCUGCCGCAGGUUGAAGACAAAAUAACCCCAGAGCCCAAGAUUAAAAAGCUGGAACCAGUACUUUUGCCAGGUGAAAUUGUGGUAAAUGAAGUCAAUUUUGUGAGAAAAUGUAUUGCAACAGAUACAAGUCAGUAUGAUCUCUGGGGGAAGUUGGUUUGCAGUAACUUCAAGAUUUCAUUUAUUACGGAUGAUCCCAUGCCACUUCAGAAAUUCCAUUAUAAAAACCUCCUCCUUGGUGAACAUGAUGUGCCGCUAACAUGUAUUGAACAAGUUGUCACAGUAAAUGACACAAAGAGGAAACAGAAGGUCCUUGGUCCCAACCAGAAACUUAAAUUUAAUCCAACAGAAUUAAUUAUUUAUUGCAAAGAUUUCCGUAUUGUCCGAUUUCGCUUUGAUGAAGCAGGCCCUGAGAGUGCAAAAAAGGUGUGCCUUGCAGUAGCACAUUAUUCCCAGCCAACAGAUCUCCAGCUCCUUUUUGCAUUUGAAUAUGUUGGGAAAAAAUAUCAUAAUCCAGCAACAGUAAAUGGAAUAGACCCAGGAGGUGGGGGCAGCAGCAGCGGUCAACAGACUCCUUUAUUUGAAACUUAUUCUGAUUGGGAUAGAGAAAUCAAAAGAACAGGCGCAUCAGGAUGGAGAGUUUGUUCAGUCAAUGAAGGUUACAUGAUAUCUACUUGCCUUCCGGAAUACUUUGUAGUCCCAUCUUCCUUAGCAGAUCAAGAUCUAAAGCUCUAUUCUUACUCUUUUAUUGGAAGACGAAUGCCCCUUUGGUGCUGGAAUCACUCUAAUGGGAGUGCUCUUGUGAGAAUGGCCAACAUUAAAGAUGUAUUGCAACAAAGAAAAAUAGAUCAAAGGAUUUGUAAUGCAAUAACUCGAAGUCAUCCACAGAGAAGUGACGUUCAUAAAUCAGAUUUGGACAAGUGUCUGCCUAAUAUCCAGGAAAUCCAGGCUGCAUUUAUCAAACUUAAACAGUUAUGCGUUAAUGAACCUUUUGAAGAAACAGAAGAAAAAUGGUUAUCCUCGCUGGAAAAUACUCGUUGGCUAGAGUAUGUCAGAUCAUUCCUUAAGCAUUCUGCUGAACUUGUAUAUACGCUGGACAGUAAGCAUGUCUCAGUAGUUCUGCAAGAGGACGAAGGACGGGACCUGAGCUGUUUCGUAGCCUCCCUCAUUCAAGUAAUGCUGGAUCCCUAUUUUCGGACAAUUGUUGGAUUUCAGAGCCUGAUACAGAAGGAAUGGGUCAUGGCAGGAUAUCAGUUUCUAGAUAGGUGUAACCACUUAAAAAGAGCUGACAAAGAGUCUCCCUUGUUCUUGAUGUUUCUGGACUCGAUUUGGCAACUGCUAGAACAAUAUCCAUCAGCCUUUGAGUUUUCUGAAACAUAUUUGACCAUAUUGUAUGAUAGUACACGGAUCUCAUUGUUUGGCACCUUCCUUUUCAACUGUCCUCACCAGCGAGUAAAGCAGAGCACUGAAUUCGCUAUAAGCAAAAACAUCCAGUUGGGUGAUGAAAAAGGCCUAAAAUUUCCUUCCGUUUGGGACUGGUCUCUUCAGUUUGCAACAAGAGAUCGCAUGCUUUUUCACAACCCCUGGUAUAUUGGAAAGAGUGCACCAUGUGUACAAAAUGGGUCUGUGAAAAGUUUUAAACGAACAAAGAAAAACUACAGCUCAACACUGAGAGGAAUCCCCCCAUCGUUAAAGAAUGGGAUCAUCGAGCAAGAGUUUCUUCCAAGAAGAAAUUCACUGAUACUAAAACUGAAACCAGACUUUCUUCAGCAGAUGGGUAGCCAGACCAAUAGCAUGGAGCAGUAUUUCAGAGAAUGGUUCUCAAAGCCUGUCGACUUGCAUGGUGUAAUUCUACCCCGUCUGUCUGGAACACACAUAAAACUGUGGAAACUUUGCUACUUCCGCUGGGUUCCUGAGGCCCAAAUUAACAAUGGUGGCUUCAUCACUGCCUUCCAUAAAAUCUCUGUGCUGACAGACCAAGUAGACAUGCUAAACCAGAGUCUUCGGCAGUACAAAAGCAGCUCUUCUUUGCAAGCGAACUGUUCAGAACUGGAUCAAAGCAGGAUGUACUUCAGAGCAAAUGGUUUAAAUGACAAUGCAGGGACCCCAGAUUUUCUCUCCUCCUCAUUCCCAUUUUCUCCAAUAGGGAACUUAUGCAGACGGAGCAUUCUGGGAACACCCUUAAGUAAAUUUUUAAGUGGUGCCAAAAUCUGGCUGUCCACUGAGACACUUGCAAAUGAGGACUAAGAUAUUGUGAUGCUUAAACAUAUGGGGGGAAAUCGCAGACCAUUGUGUCUUCUCUUAAAUUAACACUGCUAACUGCGGCAUCUGAAGCUGUAAUAAUUUUAUUUACAAAUAUUACAUACGUUUUGCACAAAUAUUUAAAAGCAAAGCAAAUCAUGCUUCAAAUCGCACAAUUUUGUUUUCAGUAGUUGUCAUGUAAACUUCUUGUCUGGUUUCUGAUUUCUUCUGUGUUUUCUAGGUCUGGCUCAUUAUGUAAGAUCAGCGAUUUCACUCACUAAUGCAAAGGUUGGGUGUGGUCACUAAUCAGGUUUUCUUUUUGUUUGCAAUGUCUUGUUUUCCCAACUGUUGACUGAAGCUAAUCUUUUAUGUCAACACAGAUUAGCAAAUCAGAUUGGUGAAAACAAACAUCAAGGACAUUUUGCGUUAAUGUAGCCAUAUUGACUGGCAGUUGUAGAAAUCUGGGAACAAACUACUUUGUCACAGUAACGUGUAGUAAGGACACAUUUGUAUGCUUCCAUACUAUCUUUCUGUGACUUGGUUUACUUAGUGUAUGUUGCAUUGGUGCAGUGUGUACUGGUUUUUGUUUUCAGUUACCCUGUAGAGAGACUAUUCAAUUUUUGUUCAAUGUCAUGAGCUUGCAUUUAGUUCACAGGAACUGACUUCAGGACAAUAUGCACUGUUAACCUUAAAAUGUUCACUGUAGAGAAUAAUAUUGUAGCCUUAGAAGUGCCUUUAAUUGGAAUAAAAUAUUAGUAAGAUGUGUCUAGCGCACCAUGAAACAUAUUUGUCUUUCAAUAGGUUAAUGAACUGCCCACUAAUGUAAACAUAAUUUAAUUCAUAAAACAAACUCUGGAAAUCACCAAAAAGCCAAUUAGCCUUCUGAACAGCAGAAACCUUAAAUGACAAUAUGCAAAUUAGCAGGGAAAUUUUCUCUAGACUAAAACAAGACUGAUUUCCUGUCAGUCCCAGAAAAUAAAGAACCUUACCACUCCUAAAACUACUUUGUUUCUUAUGUGUCCAUUUAUAGGAGUGGAGGUUGUGCUGGGAAAGUCCUUUCCCAACACCCCCCCACCCCCUGACACAACUGAACUAACUACAGAUUAGUUAGGGAUGUAUUCUUUUGGCUUCCUUACACAAUCUAUUUUUUUUUUAAGUAUUUCUGUGAAGUUUUUCCCCCCAAACUUAAAGAUAAAGCAGAUUGAAAAAUGAGAAAUCAUUUUUUGCCAAACAGAUUUAAAAAAAACCUUGUUUUACACCAGGCAAGAGCUGGUUAGGAAUUUUCCCAUGUUUUUUGGUUGAAGAAGCAUUACUUGAAGCUGGGCAGAACACUUCAAUCAAUGUGCCACAAUAUUCUAGUAGCCAAUUUUUUUUUUCCCCCCAAGAAGGUCUGGUUUCUGCAAAGUCUUCCUCAAAAUAGCUGAGAGAUACUAGAAUAAGUAAAAAUUAAUCAGAAGUCUGUUGGAACAACAGGUUGGCUUUUCUGUUAUCUUGGGCCUGAUAUUUGAUAUACAAGACCUCAACCUGUGUGCUAAUUUUUGGUACCAUAUAUUAAAAUUAAUAAACCACUUUGACAGUUUUUAUGGUAUGAGUAGUAAAAUAGAUUUCCUAAAACGGUUAAUGCUCAUAAGAGUCCAUUUUAGAAUUACCAAAGUUUGGUGAGUAAAUUACUUUAAUAAGUAUUUGGGGGAAACUGUGUUAAUAUUUGGGCUGUUUAAUCUUUAAAAAAAGAGUACAAGAACUACUUGUGUAAGGAUUUCUAGCUUGUUUUCAGUUCAUACAAUAAUCUGUAUUUUACAUGAUACAGAUGUUCUUGUUGGUAAAUACUUUGCCUUUAAAAAAACUGCCUAAAUCUCUGUUUACCAACCAGAAUAGGGUAGUUUUCAGAAUCUGGGGGCUAAGCAAGCACAAGUGGUGUGUUAUGCUAGUUAGUGGUAUCCAGGUUACUCUAAAAAUCUGUUGUUUCAUCCUUGGGGUCUGAUUCUGAGUACUAAUCACCCCUAUGGAUUUGUUUUAAUGUAUGGUUGAAAGGCAGUUCCUAACAAUGUAUAGUUCAGGACCUGCCCAACUGUGUAAACUAAUACAUUCAUGUCCCACUGUAAAAAGCUGCCUUACUGACAAUACCGACUGCUCUGAACUUACCUAAUGGCCCUUAUGUCUUGCAAGUAGCUCUGUGGACUGAGUACAUAUUUACAGCUAUCUUCCCUACACACAAGCUCACAUCUCUUUAAAGUCUUGUUGGCAAUUUUAAAAUUAGGUACUAUUAAUACCAUUAGUGUUUUGUAAGAGUAGAAAAACUAUAAACAAGCUUAUUUUUAUAUCAUUUGUUUUCUAACCACAUGCACUGCUUUGGUUGAGAGUAGGCUGUUGUAGCGAGAUUAUUUUGCUAGAUUGUAACAAUAUUAAGAACAUACCUAGUGAGAUAUGAAAUGCUGGUUGAUGUGGUCAAAGAACAACUCUAAUGCCUUUAGCUACUGCUGAUGUCAGAAGUCAUGGUAGUGCAAUGUCUUUCAGUGAAUUGCUGCCAUGUACCAAAGAAAUGCCUACAAAUUUAGAAACCUACUGAAGUGAGUGUGUGUCUUUUUUUUUUUUAAACAUGCAGGUAAAAUACCACUCAAUAUUAAACCACCUUUGUGCUUUUAAUGAUGUGUGUUGUGGGAUCAAAGGUUUUGGCUGUUAAUCUCAGAUGGAAAGAUAUAUUAAAACCAAAAAAUUUCUAAUCUUUUUAUUUAAGGAAAGGAUAAAAUGUCAAUCUACAUCCAACAAGAGACUGAACAACUGGUUUCCUAAAUCCCUUUGGGCAAUAGAUUGCUAAUGGUGUUGCUGCAGCAGGUUACAGAGUUGACCAUUUUAAUUGAAACUAAAACCUUUGUGCCUAAUGCUGAUGACUUACUGAAUAAAGUAGAAUUGCCAGGAGGAAUACAAAAUCCUGGCACUGAGGUUGUGAAUGUGAAGUAAAUUAGACUGUUAAUAAAAGAUCAUACCUUUCCACUGUAA